AAUAUGCAUGCCGCAUCAAUGCCAAACAAGAGGAGCCCACCGACUCGGCAACUUCGACCCCUAUCUGGAGUGACCGCCAUGGAGCUUCUGAAAGCGAUCUUCCUCCUGGUACUUCCUCAGUUCCUUCUUACGUCCGCAAGCUUCGACCCCGUCAUCGGUGACGCCUCGGAGGCAACUCCCCUGACCAGAGGCAAGAGGUGUUACUCAGCAGAUUGGUGUCAACAAUACUACCCUUGUUAUCCCUAUCCUUACGACCCGUGUUGGGGUUAUUACUCCUACCUCACAACCGCACAGCCUCCCUACGUCACAACCCAACCGUCUCGACCUACAUACGCCCCAACGACCCCAUGGCCUACGUAUAUAGUACCCCCUGCUACCACAAGGCCACCGUAUAUACCAGUAGGGCCAACUACGAGACCACCAUAUAUACCAGUAGGACCAACGACUAGGCCACCAUACAUACCGGUAGGUCCGACAACUAGGCCACCAUAUAUACCGGUAGGUCCAACAACUAGGCCACCAUAUAUACCGGUAGGUCCGACAACCAGGCCACCAUAUAUACCGGUAGGUCCGACAACCUGGCCACCAUAUAUACCGGUAGGUCCGACAACCAGGCCACCAUAUAUACCGGUAGGUCCGACAACCAGGCCACCAUACAUUCCAGUAGGACCAACGACUAGACCACCAUACAUACCAGUGGGCCCGAUUACAAGGGCCCCAUUCAUACCAAUAACUAGACCACCUUAUAUUCCAGCGGGACCAACAAAAGUCCCUUACGUCGUGGACCCUGCUGAUAACGUAGAAGAGGAUGAAACUGAAAUCGCGGACACGACUGAAGACUUCGAGCUGAUCACUGAAACGCCGUUGUCAGCAGAUAACGAGACGGGCGAGGAAGUGAUUUUCCCGACUGAUUUACCGAUUAUCGUCGAUACCAUCCCGAUACCCGAUAACGACAUCGUGCCGGAUGUCUUCCAGCCCCUUCCAACGCGACAUCCCCCACCGACGAAGCCCCCUAAAGAUCAGAGAGUGAGGUACAAUGGGACUGGGAUCAUCAGUGACGACCCGGGUUCUUCUGGUUCGUCUGACCGAGGGUGUAAGACGAUCUGCGUCGACGGGGAGAAACAGACUACCUACUGCUGUGACAACAGGAAGAGAGAAUGUCCUGUCUACGAUUUAUCCACAUGCAGUCAACACCUGACAAGAGAUUAUCACUUGGCGAAAUGGUGCAUAUUUGACAGCCAGUGUCCCGAGGACUCCAAGUGUUGCUACAACGACUGCAGAGGAGACUACCAGUGCGAGAUCGUGGGUGAGGGGAGGGACGAAGCGUUUGUCGAUUUCUCCGAUAUUUAUCAGAACGAUCGGCCACAUAGACAUACGGGGGAACAGUCCGAACAGCGGACAGCAAAGAAGUUGGAGCUGACAGCGGUGUUUCCAGUGCGUGGCAACAGGUCUGGAGUCGUUUUAGACCGAUACGUAAAACCUGUCGCUGCGGACUUCCAAAAUCAUCUGAGGGUCACCCUUCUGCCUAUUGUAGCACAGACAGGUGACACCGAAGAACAGGUCAUCGCCGAUGCCCUGGGUCAGGUCAUUCAGUGCGCGUCGAAAUAUUAUAAGGACCAGAGAGCCGUCGUGACCUUGACAGCCUGCCUCAUGAAAUCGUCUCUUACGAAGCUCAAAGUUAAGCCUACGGACGCCAUUAGAGCUACGCGGAAGUGUGAUCGAAUGGCAGGCCAUCGAUGGAAAUCUGUAUCUAAGUGUAUUAGGGAGGGUGAGGGCCAACAUCUCUUCGCAACAGCAUGGAAGAGCCACCAGCAAACGUUAGACAGCCUGCAGCACGCUCUCUCCUCGACAGCUGUUUUAGAAGUGCCAAUUUUAGUUCUGAAUCAGACCGUUCUGGACACUUACUGGGCUAUGUCUUCCCAAGACUGGCUACCAAGAAAGAUCUGCCAGAAACUCCUGUACCAGAACGAGGAAUAUCCAGCGUGUGAUAAACUAAUUGGUUAGAUAAGGAAAAAUUGCCAAAAAACAGAGCUUCGGAAUGUGAAGCAUUUUCGACAAACUAAUUCAAAGCCCCAGGGCAAGAAGGGGAAAUUUGUCAUCGUAAAAAUAAUAACAAUAAUAAAAAAAUAAUAAGAGUGAGUUUCAUGACAAUACAGCUGCAUUAUGGUUCAAUGUUAAUGAACCCCCAAAAAUCCUGUCCUAGUUUGUGUUAACUCACUGCAAUAUGCAUAGUAUUCUGAAUUUACUGUUAAAAAUUACAGAGAAUUAAACUUCAACACCGUGUUUUUAUUUGGAUAACCAACAAAAAGGUUUUCAUUAACCUAUAAUAAACAAUCUCUCUGUCUUUUUUAAUAAUAAAAAAAUUAAUGGCAUUUAAAACCAAGAAAACUACACCAAGUAAACUCUGACAAGGCUUUCGAUUA